UUAUUUAUUUAUUUGCAAGUUGAAUUGUAAUUUACUUAAAGUAUAAAUAAAUUCCAAAUUUUAGCAAUAAUGUUUGAGAGAUCCUUGGAAACAACCGUACUAGCUAACUUGACCUGGAAGACGACUCCUCGUCUGCUACAGUAGAAAUGGCAGCUUUUUGAAUUGUGAAAGUUUAUUAAUCAGACGUCAUGAUUUGUGCUGAGGAUGAAGACGACCCGUUCCCUGUCGAUGAUGACUGCUUGUCCACUGAGACGUUUUCACAAGAGACGGUGUACAGGCUGAUGGGCGAAGAACUCCGGAUAAAGCAGCUUUUCGGGGCCAACCUCGGCGUGGCUGCUCCUGUCUGGGAAGCUGCGCUACAUUUAUGCCGCUACUUUGAGGAUCCGUCCGUGGAGCUGAGAGGAAGGCGCGUCAUAGAGCUGGGAGCAGGAACUGGGGUGGUCGGUAUUUUGGCUGCUCGUCUGGGUGCAGAGGUGACCGUCACAGACCUCCCUCUGGCUCUGCCACAGCUUCAGGCGAACGUCUCCGCCAACGUUCCCCCUGCCGGCUGGCCUUCUGCCCCUCCCGUUGUCCUCCCUCUGUGCUGGGGGGAGGACCACUUGACCUUCCCCUCCGACUGGGAUCUGGUGCUCUGCGCAGACAUCGUCUACCUGCCAGAGACAUACCCUCUGCUGGUGGAGACGCUGGCUCAUUUGUGCAAAAACGGGGCCGUGGUGUAUCUCUCAUCAAAAAUGCGCACAGAGCACAGGACUCAGAGUUUCUACGAGGAGCACCUGCAGAGCAGAUUUGAUGUGGAGCUUGUGCUUCGCGAUGACAAGCAAAAUAAUAAUAUUUACCGUGCGUCCAAGAGAGCAGAGGAGUAACAGGAGGAAGAGCUUAAUAAGAGACUGGACAGAAAACAGAUUUUGUUUACAACAAAACAGAGUAAAAGCAACACAAAAAUGUUAUUCAUCUCUGGGUUUAUGCUAGAUAUUUAAAGAAAGGAUUUGUUACAGAGAACAUUAUUGUUUUCAUGUGCUUGCAAGUAUUAUUGAACCUGAAAUUUAUGGAAGCUGUUGAUUUUUAACUUAAGUCUUAAUGUUUAAUUUCUCUACAAUGUUCAACCAAAUUUAGCUGCAAAUGUUGUUUUUUUUAAUAAAAAGUAACUUGAGGCUAA